CUCAGCCUUGGACCAGAUAAAAUGGUAAUAGAUCUCUCGGAUCCAAAUCGCCCCCGGUUCACGUUGCAGGAGCUGCGAGAUGUAUUGCAAGAGCGUAACCAGCUGAAAGCUCAGCUUCUUGUGGUGCAAGAGGAGCUACAGUGCUAUAAGAGUGGGAUCAUCUCACAGAGAAGGGACCAAACUGAAGGACUGGAAAAAGAAGCCAGUGGCAGCAGCCCUGGUACCAGCAAGGACAGUGAAGAGAAGACAAUCAUCAAACGGCUGUUCUCUUUUAAACAAGGAAAAUGA